UCAACCUUCCAUUAGAAAACCUGCAACAGUGUUAAGCGUAUAGAGCCUCAGCGAGUCAUAAUGAUGAUCAAUGAUAUAUGUUGCGGGCGUUCAGAGUGUAACGACAGUCAGUUACAGUUUACAUUUAACAGUUUCUUGCCAGAAUUUAAGUUUUACAUUGUAAUUUGUUUAUUUAAAACGGAUUCUGGUCUCCUUUCCUGUGUAUAGCAGCGUUGCUAUGCUAAUCUUGUAGGCUUUCCUGAAGAGGGUCUUUGCUUUCAGUAUCCUAAAAUAAACCGUGUUUGCAUUUUUGGCAUCGGACCCUCUCAGAUCCACUGUGGAUGCCAUUUCGUUGCGUUAGCAGCCAGCCUCGUCUCGAAUGAGGUUAAAAAGCUCAGUUGUGUGUUCGAGCAUCGUGCAUCGUUGUGAUCAUGCCUACUUUAACUUCUUCGCGCUUGUUUAAUUUUUUCACCAGCUGUGUAUGUGCUUUGCACAGGCGCCGCACACACGUGCUUGCUUUUUCGACAAUCGUUAAGUUUUAUUGACUAAAUUCUUAUCGACAGUUAAUCGAAGAUCAUCCCUACUACAAUCUAUAACCAUUUCCUGAGUAUAAUAAUGCAAUAACAAAUAACUAAUGUUAAAAUAAUUUUCAUUAUGGUAGACUCACCACCUUUCUUUCUCUUUGUCUCUCUGUCAUAAAUUUAGGCCCUGUCCCAAAUUACACACUUGAUUUACAGUUAUGUGGCUUUCAUGUGCCUGUGAAGUGUACCAUUUGUAAUUUUAAGUUUGUAGGGGGUGCUCAUGAGCGCAUCCUAUGUGCCUCCCCUUCUUCUGCCCACGUGCCAUGGUUACCACAUUCUAGCUGGCACUGUAAAUGCUAUAUAAGUUCAUGAGCAUUUCUUUACAGGAUCUGCAGCUGGCGUGGAUAGAAGAUUGAUGUCUGACAGAUUCACCAUAGGAAGAAGACACAUUUGUGUCUAAGCUUAUGGCGGAGGCCAAUGGCACAAUCACAGAGGUGUCUUUUCUGUACCAGCAAAUCUUUAAGAUAGACUUUGAUGCUGGCAUUCACACUAGAAACUCAUUGGCUGUGCUUAUACCCCUGUUCUUCAUCUUUGUAAACUGUGUCAUGCUCUUUGCUUUAAGAAGCAAGUCUGUCUUUUAUGAAACUCCACGCUACAUUCUGUUUGGUCACAUGCUUAUAAAUGAUUCUGUACUUUUGUCGUUCACAGCCAUCAUGUAUAUUUUGGCUUCUAUCCCAAUAGAAAUCACCAAAGCCUUGUGUGCUCUUUUUGUUUUUAUCUCCCACUGCACUUUCCGUAACUCUCCUUUGACACUCGCAGUGAUGUCUCUGGAGCGGUAUGUGGCUAUCUGCUUCCCUUUAAGACACUGCAACAUUGCCACACCAAGAAGGACCAACAUCAUUUUGGGAUUCAUAUGGAUUCUUAGCUCUCUGACUAUUGCUAUAGAUAUCAUUUUAGUAUUAAUUGUCAACCCCAGUAGCUUAUCAGAUAAUAUAUUUUGCACGUACGAGAAACUGUUAGUAGCGAAAUGGCAGAUGGAUAAAGCUCAAGGGUUUGAUAUUCUUUAUUUUGUGUCUGUUGCAGUAAUUAUUAUUUUUACUUACAUUAGCAUUAUGAUCACAGCCAGGUCUGUUACAUCUGAUAAAGAUUCUGCUAAGAAAGCCCUCAGGACAGUGCUAUUGCACCUGAUUCAACUUUGUCUGUGUCUCACCACUUUUCUAUAUGCUACAAUAGAGAAAGCACUGUACAUGAUGUCAGGUAACAGUCCUCCUUUCUUUUAUACCCUCAAAUAUCUGAAUUAUAUUACUGUUCUUAUUCUGCCACGCUGCUUAAGCCCUUUGAUCUACGGUCUGAGAGAUGAGGCCUUGUUGCCUUUAUUCAAAUAUUACUUCUGUUAUCGUUCAGGUAGAGCAAGACCCUGUGUUAAUGUACAUUAACUGAUCUGGAGAGGUGUUAUAAUAUCAAAAAAUAGUUGGUCUAAAUGUGUAAUUCUGUUGACACUAAAAAAGUCUGAAACUUUGUUUAAUAUUAAUACUUAUUUUUGAAACUCUAUAUUUGUUAAAACCAAUGUUUAGUUGGACAUAAGACCUAUAAUAAUUUCUGCUUCUCAAGUAGUGCUGACAUUCACUAACCAAGUACUAUAAACAUUAGCAUAAAAAUUUGUUCACUGGAAAAGUAAUGAAGCAACUAGUAAUGAACAGAUUUUCAGUUCUAAAGCAUAAGUGUCUUUGGGGUUCACCAAUUUAAAUAUAUGGGGCUUGCGUUUGGAGGAUGUCAUUUAAUGUAUAGGUUUCUAAUUUUUUAUCUUUUAAACUAUUGUUGCUUGAGGUUGGGGUUAGAUUUGGGGUUUGUGUUAAGAUAUCCGAAAAAAAUAAAAAGAAGAGCAACUUAAACUAUUGUCUGAAAGAUAAUGUCUUUUUAGGUUAAUAUAUUAGCAGUUGUAUAGCUUACUUUGCAGUAAAUCUAUGUUAGCUAUUCACAUGCUAUAAGCUGAUGUCAAUACCACUAAUGGUGGUCUGUCAAUUUGUGAUUAAUUCAGGUAAAAUUCAAAUCAGUACUACUAUGACAGUAAAAGCCUCUGUUUUAUUGUCUGUUUUGGGAAUGGGAGAUAAAGACUGACCUCUUUACUGUGGGCAAUAGAAACUUAUUAUUCAAAUGAUAUAUUUUGUGCUGAACAAAUGUUUUGUAACACAUCCAUUUAGAUAAAUGUUAAAUGGGUGGUUCAAUGGUAUUUCAUGCAUUCUGACUUAUUAACACAGUUAUAGAGUUGUUUCCUCAUGCUAAAUGUAGACAAAGUGUCAAAAAAGUAGUUGGGCGUGUUACAGACUAUUUCUUUGCCGAAUCGAAUGCACUUCGCCAGGGUUCGUACAAGUUUCUGAAAGUUUUUUUCGAUUACGGGUCCAGCUGAUGUUUCAGGGGUUUCUAUACGUAUCAUUUCUUUUUAUGGGCACUUCCCCCGGAAACGCCGCCCACCCGUCAAUCAGCGGGAGACGCUAGAACUUACAAACAUCACAUCACGCGACAGCUUUGUUUAAUUUCAAAACUCAACAAUGGCACGAAAGAAGAAGUGUGUUUUUGGAUGUAAGGAGAAGAAAGUCAGCCUUAUGGAAACAAUGGAUAUAGUUUAUUAUCCGGGGUAGCAGCGGAGUUUUGCGUGUGUUUGAUGCGCUGGAUUUCAUUGAAAAGUCCCAACUGGGUCAUGAGUUGCAUGCAGUAAGUAAAUAGGCAUGUGCAUAUUAUAUAAAUGACAUGAACAUGUAGUGAAUCAUAAGUUAAACAGUGUUGUAUAAUGUUGUAUGACUCGUACUCGCUCCUCCCGCAGUAGUAAGUCCUCCUUCUUCAUUUUUUCGUACGUUAUUGGAAAGAUUCGGUAAGCUAAUCUUUCUUUUAUAAAUCUGAUUAAACUAAAGAUUCUUCUGAGAUAUAAAGGACUCUAUAGGUACUCCAGAUUAACAUCAGAAAUGCAGAAACAGCGUGUGUUAUGUGAGCUUUAAGCAUUUCAUUUAUUUCUUUUUUUGAUUGAAUAACUAAUUACAUGUUAUAGUAAACUUUACAAUAAAUUUAUAUUUGUUAACAAAAUUCUGUAAUCGUUUUCUCAUUCAUGUGUUGUUCCUGUAUAAAUUUCUUUAUUCUGAUGUACACAAUAGAAGAUAUUUUGAUAAAUGAUGGUAAGUACACAGCUGAUUGUAGCCAUUUUAUAAUUUGUUCAUUUUUAAUGAAUGCAGACCUUCCGCAAGGAAAACCAGUUUACUUUUAGUUUUAAGAUAAGAAGUUCAGAUGUUAUGUACACACUAUUUGGUUUAAUCAUUUGUAAAUAUAACAUCGACAAUUAUAAAUCUGGUUAGUUAAUCAUAAAUUGUUGUAAUAUGCGUGAUUUCCGAAUCUAUAAUGCUCACUUAACUUAAACCAGGCUUGAUGACGUAUGCAGCCUGCAUAUGCGACCUCCAGAGGCUGCAACCUUCUGAUUGAGAAACGGCCAUCGUCGUACAAGCUUAU